UCCUUGUACUUCUCUCGUUCUUACACUCACUCCUCAAUCCAUCCGUCUCCACCAUUGCUCGCUAGCUCGAGCUCCUAGCUAGUACUGCAAAGUCAGCCGGGGAGUUGAUUUGGUCCUUCUUGGCUUGCUUGACCGAUCGUACGUGCCGCCAGGAUGCCGACGCCGUCGCACCUGAGCAAGGACCCGCGCUACUUCGACUUCCGGGCGGCGCGGCGGGUGCCGGAGACGCACGCGUGGCCCGGGCUGCACGACCACCCCGUGGUGGACGGCAGCAGCGCGGGCGGAGGGCCGGACGCGGUGCCGGUGGUGGACAUGCGCGACCCGUGCGCGGCGGAGGCGGUGGCGCUGGCGGCGCAGGACUGGGGCGCCUUCCUCCUGGAGGGCCACGGCGUCCCGUUGGAGCUGCUGGCCGGCGUGGAGGCCGCGAUCGGGGGCAUGUUCGCGCUGCCGGCGUCGGAGAAGAUGCGCGCCGUGCGGCGGCCCGGCGACUCGUGCGGCUACGGGUCGCCGCCCAUCUCCUCCUUCUUCUCCAAGUGCAUGUGGUCCGAGGGCUACACCUUCUCCCCGGCCAACCUCCGCUCCGACCUCCGCAAGCUCUGGCCCAAGGCCGGCCAUGACUACCGCCACUUCUGCGCCGUGAUGGAGGAGUUCCACAGGGAGAUGCGCGCGCUGGCCGACAAGCUGCUGGAGCUGUUCCUGGUGGCCCUCGGGCUCACCGGCGAGCAGGUCGCCGCCGUCGAGUCCGAGCACAAGAUCGCCGAGACCAUGACCGCCACAAUGCACCUCAACUGGUACCCCAAGUGCCCGGACCCGAAGCGGGCGCUGGGCCUGAUCGCGCACACGGACUCGGGCUUCUUCACCUUCGUGCUGCAGAGCCUGGUGCCCGGGCUGCAGCUGUUCCGGCACGGGCCCGACCGGUGGGUGACGGUGCCCGCCGUGCCGGGGGCCAUGGUCGUCAACGUCGGCGACCUCUUCCAGAUCCUCACCAACGGCCGCUUCCACAGCGUCUACCACCGCGCCGUCGUCAACCGGGACAGCGACCGGAUAUCGCUCGGCUACUUCCUCGGCCCGCCCGCCCACGUCAAGGUGGCGCCGCUCAGGGAGGCCCUCGCCGGCACGCCCGCCGCCUACCGGGCCGUCACGUGGCCCGAGUACAUGGGCGUGCGCAAGAAGGCCUUCACCACCGGUGCCUCCGCGCUCAAGAUGGUCGCCAUCUCCACCGACAACGAUGCCGCCAACGACACGGACGACCUGAUCUCGUCGUAGAUCGGCGCCGGCCAUCACCGGCCGGCCAAGGGAUCGAGGUAGCUAGGAGGAAGGGCGCGCGCGCGUGCGGCUGUCGUUCGUGUUUAAGGUUUCCUCCAUAUAUGUCUCCAUGCAGAAUUGCAGAUGAUGCUGGUGGAUGCGUGCGUCCAUGCAGCAGCGAACGAACUAACUGUAAGAAAACCGAACUUAGUUCGACAUCUGCAUCUAAGCAUGCCACUUGGUUUAAUUCAAUUCAAGUGCAGAAACUAAAGAUUAUGAUGGGAAAGAAGAAGACAUGUUGGGUUUGUUUCUUCUA